GAAUAGCAUAUCAGAGGAGCCGUGUUAAAACAAGGAGUUUUCAGAUUGAGAAUACUAUGAGAUAUAUAACAGAUGGCCCCACGCCUAAUCAUACGGCCUUGGACACCCACUGUAAAGUCCCGCUGGAUGUGUGCUCGGCGAAAAUGGCGCCAGAAUACUGGUACCACUUGAAGAAAUACAGAUACGUAGUAAACCAAGAAUGCACUGCGGCAGACGACCCAUAUCUGCUAGUUUUGGUCAUCUCGAACCCGCAAGAUGUGAAAACGAGAGCUGCUUAUCGCAAAACUUGCGGUAGUUGGAAGCAGUAUCUUGGCAGACGAAUCAAAACCAUCUUUUUUCUUGGGAAAACCGGCUACAAAACAGUAGAUGAAGAUGCCGUAGCUGAAGGAUUACAUUAUAAGGACACCGUUAUAAUCGAUUUCGUCGAUUCUUAUAAAAAUUACACGCUUAAGACUUUACUUGCUUUUCGCUGGGCCGUUGAACUCUGCGGGAACGCAAAGUUCGUCCUGAGAAACGGACAUGAUGUAACUACCAACAUCCAGGAAAUCAUGGAUUAUCUCACGAGUCUUCCCAAAGACUCCCAGUCGUCGCUUUUGGAAGGGUACAUACUCUCAGACAAACACGCUCCACAAAGGGACCCAAAAAACAAGUAUUAUCAGUCACCCGAACAAUACCCCUGGAGCAACUUUCCUGAUUUUGUUUCAGGAUUUGCGACGCUUUUUUCUUUUGAUGUGGUACGUGUCAUUAACUCUGCGUCUCUCACUCAACAUCUGUUCAUAGAAGACGUGUACAUGGGGCAUAUAGCCCACGCGAAUGGUAUCAAACUUAAACACAAUGUUAACUUUUGGUUUUCCCCCGCGACACAUUAUCGCAACAUUUUAAGAAGCAAGUGCAGGUUCAUGAGGUCGUUCGCUGUUCACCGUGCACCCACGAGCGUAUUGUGGGCGGUCCUGAACGGCACUUUGACUAAAGAGGAAGCGUGUAACGUGCCUCCGAGGGUAAAAGGUCCUUCUAGCUGUCACAUUGCCACCAUGGUGAAGGUACGGGAGCUCACAAAUGAAGAAAGAAAUGAAAUUGUUUCUCAGAGGGAGGAGGGUAUCAAUGUUACCCAGAUAGCUGCCAGAUAUGGUGUAUCUCGUAAGACUGUGUAUAGGUUUGCAGAAGGAUUGUGGACACAGGUGAUGCCCAUAAGUUACACCGAAGUGGCCGCUUAA